AUGUCAAUCCGGCCCAGUAGCUCAGCCUCGCGCUCGCGGGCCUCUGGCGAGUACAGAGAGCUCCGUGUCGACAACAAGCCUGCUGUCAAGGCUCUGAUCUACUUCAGCGGCCGAAAUCCACGGAAAACAAAGAGCAUCCGGCGCUACUACGAAGAGGACUUCGACGCCCGUAGCACCGGCUCCAGCGGGUCCAUGUUCUCGUGGUCCAGCGGGACAAGCAGCGUCUGCCUGGUCGAGACGACCAACCCGUACUGGUACUGGGACGGAGCGGCGGAUUCAACCCCCUACUCCUCCUCCCCUAGCCGCAGCAGCAGGAAGCGCAAGUCCUCCUCCAAGAAGGGCCGGUCGUCUCGCAGCUCCCACCGCACCUCCCCGACUCCCACAGGCAGCACCUGGGGCCCGAGGCCGGCCACUGUUGAGGACGACGACGAUGACGAUGACUACGACGAUGACAGCAGCAGCAGCAGCGAGUGGGGCGACGACUACGGCGACCAGCCGGCCGCUGGCGGCGCCUACCCGCCACCGCAUCCCGGGAUGAUGCAUCCUGGUCCUCCGCCUGGCGGUGCCUACCACCCCGUCUACGGCGGCGGCAUGCCGUAUCCUCCCCAUGGUACGCCGCACCCAGGGAUGCACCCUAAUGGAUUCCCAAUGCCGCCGCCUCCGCCGCCCAUGGCCGGAGGCAUGCCGCCACCACCACCGCCGGGAGGUCAUUUCGUAACUGGGCGGGACGGCAUCCAGGUGUUUGUGGAUGGCUGA